AUGUCUGCGAAGAGCAGUUGCUUUCGACGGAUUGUGCUGGUGCCACAGCCCAGUGCAACAACUUUCAAUAGGGAAGUUGAGAAAAUUCAGAGUGCACUUUGUGACAUCACUUUCACCGAGAGCAGUCCAGAGCUGUACAGCAUGCAGACGGAAUCAAAGCUCGACUGGUUUGAUGUUUUGAUGCCGAUGCCCCCACCGCAAUCGCCGAACCGCCGAUACUUCUCCCUUCUCGUAGGUCCACGGAGCGAUGGCGGCUUGGUGGAAAGCUUGCAUGCUGCCAGCGAGGCGGUGCAGAAUUGGACGCAAACAUGGGAGAGUUCCAUGGACUCCAAGGACCAAGCAUUCGCGCGACUGGCCUUCAUUUUUCUUGUUGUAAAUGUUGCUGGUGGCCUGGUUCUCACCGCAUUCUACUACAAUUUCACUGCCUUCGAGGUCUACAUCAUGUCACUUUUCUGGGCCGGUAUUAUUUCCAUACCGCUGUACCAAGUGAAGAUCAGCAUCAUCGACUUGAUUUUCUCCCUUACGUUGCGAGAGACGUUUCGCCUGACGCGAGUGGUGGAGACAAACCCUCCGCAGGACAGAAUUCUGGUUGGGGUGUCCAAGCUGCCAAGAUUCCAUUGGCUGCAUGUGGACGAGCCCGAGAGCUGCUGCCCCGGCUCGCAGCACCCGGAAAGUUGCGGAGCUGUGGAGCUGAUGUCCUCCAGCGAGUUGCGGCGGGGCGCCCAGUCCCAGAGACCGCGCCGCUGGAUCUGUGUCUCUGCCGGCGCCAGGAGAAACGUCGAGGAGAAGGGCAAGGCUCACUGGACCCUCCCUGUUGAACCCUUCGCCCAGUGCACCCAUCCUGGUGCCCCUUUCGGGCAGCGUGUGCGGCUUGACAUCAUUAGUGAGAUGAACGCCGUUCUGAGUGGCCUGUUUUUCCUGGCCGCGCUGCUGGUUCCGUUGUCCGUUAUCUUUGGUCUCCUCAGUCACCAUCCUGGAGGAGGUCUCACUCUCGACAAAGCCUUUGCGUGGCAUCCCAUCCUGAUGUCGAUUGCCUUCCCAUGCCUGAUGGUGCUCGGGCGAUGGGUCUACGUCACAGACAUCAUCGAAGAGAAGGGCCUCAGGCGUGCUUUGCAUGGAAGCAUCAUGGCGCUUGCCGCGCUCGUUGCGAUGGGAGGCUAUGUGGCGAUGUUCAAAGCCCAUUGGCCAAUCAAGCAGUACUUCGGCUACAACUUCACCACUCAGAAGUGGGCCGCUCCAGCCCGUGUCAUCCAUGACCUUAUCGGCUACAGCACUCUCCUGCUCGUGCUGUUUCAAGCGGCCAUCGGUAUGGUGAAGAUCGUCAAACUGCAGAACAAGAUCAAGUCCUUCACCUUUCACGGCACUUUGGGUAAGGUCAUCAUGGGCUUGUCUGCAGUGAACAUCUUGGUGGCCUGCACUUUCUGGAAAUGGACUACAGGCUACAAGAUCCUUGUCGUCGUCCUUACCAUCGCCGCAACUGCUCUCGGCGUGUUGACCCCUUCGGCUCCACCAAAGGAUGAGCAUGUCCGAGACACCACGAUUUGA